AUGUUCUCUAUGGAUAAGAACUAUGUAGUGCAGGUGAACGAGAAACUAUGGAAAAAUGGUCAGGCAUGUGGCAAACAAUUCACCAUGAAAUGCGCCGGAGAUGAUCCUAAUCACAAUUGCACCGACGAAUCUGUGACAGUCACAGUUGGUGCCCAUUAUUCUGGUUCUCAUGUUUCUUUCAUCCUCCCUCCCGUCGCCUAUCGUGCUAUUGUCGAUCCAACUGUCUUACAGUGCGACGUCGAAUAUAAAAUGAUUAAGGACUGA